AUGACCGCCAUGAGCUCCAUGGGCCCCACUCCACCCGCCGCAGCCGCAGCCGCAGCCGCAGCCGCGAAGGUUGCCGCCGGCCGACACAUUGUCGGCUAUGCGGACCCGCUCGUCGUCUCGGCAGGCGACCGUGUCUGCGUGCAGGUGUCCUGCCAGCGGCCACGCUACACCAGCAGUCUUGUACGGCUCGGACCGUCCAUGGAAGCGAAGGACGCUCCCCCACCCGACCAUCAGGCCAUCUCUAGCGUUCCCGAGACCACGUACCCUGGAAGGCCGCAAUUCACUCGACUCGGGUCCUUUGCCUCGGUCCCAUGGUUCGUGGGGGCCUAUUCAACCCCAGCUAGCGACCUUGCCCUGGCCGUCUCCUUCUGGGCUCGGCCCGACCUCCCCGAACGCGCGGGCCAUGACCAGUUCUUCUUCUCGACGCUCCAACGUGACGGUGGCGCUGGGUUUGCAUCCUUCAUUGACAGGGAUGGAGCAUUGACUCUCGCCGUUGGCAGCGAGCGCGGACGCCUUACCACCCAACUCCCAAUCACACUCAAGCGGCACAGCUGGACCUUCCUUACCUUCACCUUCAAUGCCCCCUCACGCACAGUUGCCGUCUCUGCGAGGAGCAAGGAAAGCCAUGUCGACAGCGCUCAUUCCCAGCAUGCCUCUCACGUAUUGACCCACCCUUUCGUCCUUUCAUCUUCCCAAUCUCUGACUAUUGCGAGUCAUUCGAGCCAGGACCGUGUGUCCGCGGUCCCUGUCGACUCGACCUCUUUCAACGGCAGGAUCGAUAGUUUCAGGAUCGACCUCGUGGCUGCAGCAGACACGAGAACCGUCUUGCAUCUGGAUUUUUCCAAGGACAUCCCCACGGAUCACCUCAGGGACAUCUCGGAUAGCGCCUGCCACGGCUCCCUUUUCAACUGCCCCGCUCGGGCCGUGACGGGCCACGACUGGGAUGCGUCGGAGACGGACUGGACUCGCGCUUCCUACGGGUACGGAGCGAUUCACUUCCACGAUGACGAUGUGGAUGAUGCCGCCUGGGCGACCGACUUCGAGCUCGUGCUGCCCAAAGACCUCGCGUCUGGGUUCUAUGGAUUCGUCAUCAACGACGGGGAAUCCGAGGACAUCGUUCCGUUCUUCAUCAGGCCCGACUUGACCCAGCCCCCAACCAAUAAGGUGGUCUUCAUUGUCCCAACCUUCACAUAUACUGCCUACGCAAACGACCGAAUGUACGACACCUCACGUGACGUGCAUAUCGACAUCCCGGGAUCCGAUUCGGUGCAUCGCGGUCGUCACCUCCGCAUCUUGGAGGCCCGCCCUGACCUUGGAAUCUCGCUCUACGACAGUCAUAACGAUGGCUCCGGGGCCACCCAUUCAAGCACGAAGCGAGUCGUUCUUAAUAUGAGACCCGACUACUUUCACUGGGGAUUCGGCGGCCCCCGCGAGUUGUCCGCUGACCUUUGGUUUAUCGGGUUCCUCGAUAGGGAGCUUGGCCCAGGUAAUUACGACGUGAUCACCGACCAUGACAUCUCGUGCUACGGUUCCUCUAUACUGCUUCGCUAUUCCAUCGCCAUCAGCGGCAGUCAUCCAGAAUACCCCACAUACAAAAUGCUGGAUGCGUAUGACGCCUUCCUCGCAGCUGGUGGCUUCUUCAUGUAUCUAGGCGGCAACGGAUACUACUGGGUGACUGGGCACGACCAUGAGCGGCCCCAUCGAAUCGAAGUUCGGCGGGCAGAUCAGGGAUGCAGAGUAUUCGGUCUUCCUCCAGGUCACUGGUUCCUUGCGCUGACGGGCGAGCAAGGAGGACUAUGGCGCAGCCGUGGACGAAAUCCGAACCGCAUCUGUGGACUAGGUAGCGAUGCCUGUGGGAUGGGCCAAGGUGCUCCUUAUGGCAUCGUGCCUGAGGCAAGACAGAAUCCGAAGCUUGAGUUCCUGUUCAAGGGCCACGGCCUGGAGAAGAAUGAUAUCAUUGGGGACUUCGGCCUCGUGCAAGGCGCGGCAUCUGGUGAUGAGAUUGACCGUCUAGAUUAUUCGCUUGGCACUCCGGAAAAUGCAGUCAUCAUCGCGACGACGAAGCUUGCAGGUGGGCAUUCGGACAACUAUGCUUUGUUCAACGAAGAGAUUCUUUUUCCCAUGGUUAACACUUUGGGAACCACAUCAGACAAGGUGAGAAGCGAUCUCGUUUAUUUCGAGACUGGAAGCGGAGGUGCCGUUUUCGGGGUUGGUAGCAUCAACUGGGUAGGCAGCCUGGCCUGGAAAAAUUACGAGAACAACGUAGCACAGAUCACUGCAAAUGUGCUCCAUGAGUUUGUGAAGAGUUCCUCCAUGGACGAGAAGCGGGAUGCCAAGAGGUAUUAG